GCGAUACUGGUUUGAGACAUUGUUUUGCUAUAACCCCACACUCAUCAUCCAGCCGCCCUCGGUCAACAGUCAUGGCUUCAUCCAUGAGUGGUAUGUUUCUGGGCCAACAACAGUCCGCACCACAUCCCUCUGGAGGCCCCGGUGGUCCUGGACAGCCUGGUAUGCUUUCGGGACCUCCCGGUGCCAGGGGAUCAAAUAGCAAUACUUUGGUUGACGAUCUAGAGGCGGCUUUCGAGGCAGGCUUUGCUUCUCUCGUGAGUCAAGACUACGUGAACGGAACCGAUCAGGAGGAAAUUCGAACAGGUGUUGACCAGUGUGUGCAGAAGUUCUUGGAUGUCGCCAGACAGACGGAAUGCUUCUUUCUGCAGAAAAGGCUGCAGCUAUCUAUACAGAAACCUGAACAAGUGGAGAAAGAGGACAUAUCAGAACUGCGCAACGAGCUCCAGCGAAAAGAGCUGCUCAUCCAGAAGCACUUGACCAAAAUCCACAACUGGCAGCAGGUCCUGGAAGAUAUCAACGUCCAGCACAAGCGUCCAACAGAGCUGCCCCAGGGCCCGCUGGCCUUUCUUGAGCAAGCCUCAGCCAACAUUCCUGCCCCCAUGAAACCAAACUGAGGCACACCAUUUAGUAUUGGACUGUGUUACAUUCUGACAUGAAUGCUAGAAAACAUCAACGAUGUCAGAGUACCCUAUAAAGGUCAACUCUGAUGUAGUGAUUCGAAGUCGGAUAAAGUCGGGUUGGUGGCAUUGAAUUGUCAAUAGCCUACUGAUAGUUGGGUGUCCUAUUCAUCCUCAGUUUUGGUUGGAGAUGUCAUAUGCCUAGGGGGCUAGUGUUGGAUUAUGUAUUAUACAAGUAUGGGGAGAUACAUUUCUGAAAGUAAACGUGGUUAAGUGUUCAUCUUCACAGCUUUGUAAAUAUUGGUCAUCCUGUUUUGUAUUUUUCCAUAAUAAAUGUCUUUCUUUAAGAGUGUAAA